CACCUCAUUCGCACAGGCGUCUUCUUGUGCCUGAUACACACCUGCAACCCCCCUCUCGACCACCGUGUCAAGUACUGGAGAACCUCUGGAUAGCACUCUCCUGGUAGCUUAUCGACUUAUAGCAGGCUGCUCGGUCGCGUAUCACCACAGCGCCGCCUCUACAAGCAUGGCGGACACCCUGCAGGCCGAGCCGGCAGACUUUGAGCCGGGGCCUUCACGGGUACGCGUGGCGAAGCUAGCCAAAAGGAACCGAAGAAAUGAAGCGCAAGGAAAGGCACCACAGAGUGGCGAUGUCGGAGCAAUUUCCAUUGACUGCGGGAAUAAAGGAAGGGAGCCUGCGCCCGAGGAUGGGACGCAAAGUAUGCCCCCAGUCGACACCAUGCCCUCCAGCGAGACUAGCAUCAAAUUCGAUGUCAAAGGGAAAGGAAAGGAUAAUGACUCUGAUCAAGACUCGUUAUCUUCCUAUACAUUCGCAUCGCUUGGUGUAAGCCAAGCUCUCAUUCGUUCCCUUUCGCACCUGUCCAUUCAUACGCCCACACCAAUCCAAGCGCUGACCAUCCCGCCGAUCCUGGCCUCCUCCUCGGCCAUUGCCUCGUCAUCAGCGGCGGUUCCGCGGGACGUCAUUGGUGGAGCACAGACGGGAGCAGGCAAGACUUUGUGCUUCGCGCUCCCCAUAUUGCAAGGUCUGUACGUCGAUCCCGUCGCUGGCUUUGCCCUUGUCUUGACGCCGACACGCGAGCUCGCCGUGCAGUUGCAUGAGCAGUUCCUGGCCGUGGCGCAAGGUGUGAAGCAUGGCGGCGCGUCUAUGGGAUUGAAUUGCGCUCUUGUCGUUGGUGGCGUAGAUCAGCUUCGACAGGCAUCGCAGCUGGCCGACUCAAGACCGCACGUCAUCGUCGCUACGCCUGGUCGCCUUGUGGACAUAUUGCAGAGCAACGCGGCUGCGGUCGGAGGGUUGCUAAGCAGGUGCAGAUUCGUCGUUCUGGAUGAAGCGGAUCGCUUGCUCACCAAGAGCUUUGCGCCGCAGCUGCAGUAUCUCUUCAAUGAUGUGCUGCCACCGGCUGAGCGUAGGCAGACCCUCCUGUUCACCGCUACGUUGACCGAAGCAAUCGAUGCUUUGGUCAAAAAGGGCCAAGAAGAUGCCGAGAGUGCACUACGUAGAUUACCAGCGGGCGAAGCGAGGCCCAAGAAAGGUCCUCCGCUGGUGUGCAAGAUCGAACAGCCGACAACCACACCGGAAAUGCUGAUCCAACGGUACAUCCUCGUGCCGAGUCACAUGCGCGAGGUGCACCUCUUUCAUCUGCUCAAGCAUUCGCCAGCUGGAAGGCGAAUACGGGCUCCUUCAGAUGCAACAGAGGCUGACGCCACUGCAGAUGACUCUGGCGAUAAGAAUGCAGCAGAAGAUGUGUUUGACGACGACGCAGCACAAGGACAGGAAGAAGGAUACGACAGUGAUGAUGAGGACGAAGUGCAGAGCCGACUGAAAGCGACGCCGACCAUCAUAUUUGUCAACCGGUCCCUCGUCGCAGAGCAGCUCUCGCGCCUACUUACGCAGCUCUCCAUCCCCAACGUAUCGCUGCAUUCUUUACUCCCUCAAUCUACACGCUUUGCCAACUUGCACGCCUUCCGCGCACACCGCGUCCCCAUCCUCGUCUCAACGGAUGUCGGCAGCCGUGGGCUGGACAUUCCCGAGGUGCAGUGCGUGGUCAAUUUCGAUGUUCCUGCCAACUGGGAAGACUACGUUCAUCGUGUCGGCCGUACCGCGCGUAACGGAAAAUCGGGCUGGGCGGUCAGCUUUGUGACCGAACGCGAUGUCGAGUUGAUCCAGAGCAUCGAGGCAAAGAUCGGCGUCCAGCUUAAGGAGCUCAAGGGUUACACAGACACAGCAGGCACGCAAGGGCGGAAGAAGGUGGGAGAAGAACGGAUCUUGGAGAAGCUCAACAAGGUCAUGACGGCCAAGCGUACGGCCAAAUUGGAGAUGCAAGACGAGAAGUUUGGGGAAACACGAGAGCGGAACAAGCGCAAGGCAGAGCUCGCAGCUGCCGCUGCAUCAGGGAACAAAAAGCGAAAGAAGGCAAAGCUUCGCAAAGAGUAGAGACGCAUAACUGUAGCUUAGCCAGAAUUUUGCACGACUACUAUACAACAUAAAUCGCCAAU